CAACAACAACAACAACAACAACAACAGCAACAACAACAACAACAACAACAGCAAAAACAUCAACAACAACAACAACAACAACAACAACAACAACAACAACAACAACAACAACAACAACAACAACAACAACAACAACAACAACAACAACAACAACAACAACAACAACAACAACAACAACAACAACAACAACAACAACAACAACAACAACAACAACAACAACAACAACAACAACAACAACAACAACAACAACAACAACAACAACAACAACAACAACAACAACAACAACAACAACAACAACAACAACAACAACAACAACAACAACAACAACAACAACAACAACAACAACAACAACAACAACAACAACAACAACAACAACAACAACAACAACAACAACAACAACAACAACAACAACAACAACAACAACAACAACAACAACAACAACAACAACAACAACAACAACAACAACAACAACAACAACAACAACAACAACAACAACAACAACAACAACAACAACAACAACAACAA